AUGAUACUAACUAGCAAGGCCGUGGCCGAAGCAUUUAAGGUUAAGCCUCGUAUCAAUUAUAAUACUGUUGGCGGGGUUAAUGGCCCUUUAGUGAUCCUUGAAAAUGUCAAAUUUCCUAGGUUUAAUGAAAUUGUUAACCUUACCCUACCCGAUGGAACUAUCAGAGCAGGACAGGUUCUAGAAGUCCGUGGCAAUAGAGCGAUUGUUCAGGUCUUUGAAGGAACUUCUGGCAUUGAUGUCAAGAAAACUCGUGUCGAGUUUACUGGGGACAAUUUGAAAAUCCCUGUGUCAGAAGAUAUGCUAGGACGAGUUUUUGAUGGGUCUGGUAGGCCCAUAGACAAUGGACCGAAGGUUUUUGCUGAAGACUUUUUAGAUAUAAACGGGUCUCCCAUCAAUCCCUAUUCUCGUAUCUAUCCAGAGGAAAUGAUUUCCACGGGUAUAUCAGCUAUUGAUACUAUGAAUUCUAUCGCUCGGGGGCAAAAGAUUCCUAUUUUUUCCGCUUCAGGGUUGCCUCAUAACGAAAUUGCGGCUCAGAUUUGUAGACAGGCAGGUUUGGUCAGGCCUACUAAGGAUGUACACGAUGGUCAUGAAGAGAACUUUUCUAUUGUUUUUGCGGCUAUGGGUGUUAACUUGGAAACCUCCCGGUUCUUCAAACAAGACUUUGAGGAGAAUGGGUCACUGGAAAGAACAUCAUUGUUUUUGAACCUGGCAAACGAUCCCACUAUCGAAAGAAUCAUCACACCUCGUCUAGCUCUUACAACAGCUGAAUAUUUGGCAUAUCAAACAGAAAGACAUGUGCUAACAAUUUUAACAGAUAUGUCCUCGUAUGCAGAUGCGUUGCGUGAAGUUUCGGCUGCCAGAGAAGAAGUUCCCGGCCGUCGAGGUUAUCCGGGGUAUAUGUAUACAGAUUUAUCAACUAUUUACGAGAGAGCAGGGCGAGUGGAAGGUCGUAACGGUUCCAUUACUCAAAUCCCCAUUUUGACCAUGCCAAACGAUGAUAUCACCCAUCCAAUUCCCGAUCUUACUGGUUACAUUACCGAAGGCCAGAUAUCAGUCGAUCGUCAACUGCACAAUCGAGGUAUCUAUCCCCCUAUCAACGUAUUGCCAUCUUUGUCCCGCUUAAUGAAGAGCGCUAUUGGCGAGGGUAUGACACGUAAGGAUCAUGGUGAUGUUUCUAACCAAUUAUACGCUAAAUACGCUAUAGGUCGUGAUGCCGCUGCAAUGAAAGCUGUUGUUGGUGAAGAGGCUUUGUCGAUCGAAGACAAACUCUCCUUAGAGUUUUUAGACAAGUUUGAGAAGACAUUUAUUUCUCAGGGUGCCUAUGAUAACAGGACUGUCUUUGAGUCGUUAGAUCAAGCUUGGUCUCUGUUGAGAAUCUACCCUAAGGAAAUGCUGAAUAGAAUCUCACCAAAGAUUCUGGAUGAGUUCUACGAUAGAGAGCGCCAUGGGGAAGAAGAAGAUAUUGUUAAGAGCGCAGACAAGACUGAUAAGUGA